AUGGAGGAACCAGUGGACAUAGAAGUGUCCGUAAACGUGGAGGUGCCCGACAAAGCGGAUUUGGCAAUGAAAUUGGAAGAAACGGUCAAAACAGAGGAGCCGGUUAAAUCAGAAUCGGAAACCACUACAUCACAACCACUAAAAUUCAUAAGCGUUACCAGUUCGGUCCUCACAGAUGAACAGCGAGAAAUGUACGAGUCAGUUCUCGCCACAUGGAAGCCUGUCAUGUUUCCCAAACGGAUGAAACGUUAUAUUUGUGAGAAAUGUAACAAGGAAUUCAAAAACUACCAGAAUCUCUAUCUUCAUACCACGAGGGUUCACUCCUCCGAAGAUUCGGCUGUCAUUUGUGAUAUUUGCGUGAAAACGUUCAAAAAUAAACAUUAUUUGUACAUGCAUAGAAUGAAUAAACAUUAUUCUGAAUCCGAAAAAUGUUACUGUCAGUUCUGCCUCCAAGAAUUUCGUACUAGAAGAGCGCUCCACAUGCAUGUAAAACGCGCCCACCCUAACACUCUGCCCGAAAUCAAGUGCGAACAAUGUGGCAAGGAGUUUAGUGUACCCUACAAGCUUCGAUACCACAUUGACGCCUGCCACCGCGACGAUAAAGAAAAAUAUAAAUGUCACAUUUGCGAGAAAGUUUACAAAAGUCACCUCAACCUAAAUAGACAUCUGCAUUUUCAACACUCACAAGUCGAAAGGCAUCGCUGCGUCUUUUGCCCGAUGACGUUUAAGUCCCGUCACCAUAUGAAGCGUCAUAUUUUGAACAUCCAUCCACCUUUAGAAUCGAAAGUGCAAUGUCCUGAGUGUUUAAAAGAGUUUAAAAACGACCAGUAUCUCAAGGAGCACAUGCAGGUCCACACUUCUUUAGAAAAGAAGGUGAAGUGCGAUUUGUGCGAUAAAUACUUCCAUUCGGCGGUGCGUUUGAAGAAGCAUAAGAAGAUAGUACACCCGGACAAGCCAAAAAUACGUUGCGAAAAGUGCGAUAAAGAAUUUGCGCACGCGCAUUACCUGAGACGUCAUAACAAUUCCGUUCACGUGGAGGUCGACGAGACGAAGUACGAACAUGAGUGUGGGCAGUGCGGGAAGAAAUUUAAAAUUAAGAGAUAUUUAAACAACCACCUGCAAAGGCACGAGCAGCAGCACCUGAAGCGGAUUUCGCAGAUGGUGAAAACGGUGAUGGGUGAUGAGGUGCAGGAGGUGAAAGUGCCAAAGAAACGGGGCAGGCCGCGAAAGGCGAGGAAGGAGAUCGAGUUCAUCAAAUGCGAACCAAUGUCCAGCUCCGAAUCGGAGUCUGAUGAAACUGAAUCCGAGGAAUCUGAGUGA